CGAUCUGGGGCCAUAAUAGGGGGAUGGAGGAUAAAAGGGUUUUACUAGCAGGCCACAUCCUUUUUAAGAGCUUUCGUGCUUUUUAACAAUGGGAAAUUUAGUUACCGCAAUGAGCAAAGUGAAGAAUCCAAAACUUCAGUUACCACAGCCCAUAAGGAUGGACGAGGUUAAGGAAGAGGCUCGAGUUUGGGAUAUAAAAUCCGGUGGCGAAGGAAAACCCAGUAUACUCUGGUGAAGUAGGUGCAAGGAUCAUCUUGACAAAAUGUUUGUUGAAUCAGUGUUAUCAUAUGUUAUAUUUGAUCCACUGCAAUGCAAAGGGCUUUGGAUUCUCUACAAAGGAUGGCAAUAGAUGACUGUGAGAUCCAGGGCGGGAAGAACCCAUAAUGGAGGAAUUUCCACAAUCUACAACUCUUAGGUUUUACAAUAGUUUUGCUUCUUAUAUCCUUCAUCGUGUAUCUGAAAAAUGGAGUGUUUGCAGAGUAGACCUAUGCAUUUGCUUAAAUAUAGUGACUAGAUGGUGUGCCUGCGUAUUUAGCAUAAUCCGUCAGCUCUGGACUUUGAUGGUCUCUUUGGGAUUCAAUGCUUCAGUAAGGUUCUGCAGCAAGCUUUCAAACGCUAUCAGUUGCUGGAUGGUCGUAUUUCUUAUCACUAGAAUAGUUUGCAACAUUUAAACACACACUUCACCUUAAAGAACACUUUUAG